AUUAACAUUCUAAUGCCAAAACAUUUGGGCCUUUUUGUUUAGCCAAACAAUGAAGUACUUGUAGCCUGAUUAAAAAGUGAAUGAAAUAAUGAUCGCAGAUGGCCAAGACUUCCUUGAUAUUUGGACCGGAUUUCCAGAUGCAUAUAGCCAAAUAAUUCGCUCGGCGAUUUGUUUAGCCCAUAAAAAUACACGCACAUUGACUGCCAGAUACAAAUAGUUUUUCACAUUUUCCCACCGCACACAUGACCUCACCCACCCCACGGAACCCUAGUGCUCCCGAAUAAUUCAUAAUGCAUAGUUCAUAAAUCGGCCAAAUGUGCGAUUAAUGCGAUUGCGAUACGAAACCAUAAUCAAGGCGCGAGGUGAGUCAGUGAAUCACCAGUGAAUCGAAGUGAAUCGUUGAAUCGUAUCCAUCGACCGACCGAUCGAUCGAUCGAUCGUCGCGACCACCUAUGAAGUAUGCAAUAUAAACUGUGCGCCGACAUAUGAAAAUAAAUAGAGAUGAUCGGUGCGGACCGGUGCGGACGAGCGGUACGGAUCGGAUCGGAUCGAACGGUCGAAACUCGAGAGAUAAACAGAGCGGCGGCAUGGGCAACAGCCAGGCACGGGCGUAAACAUGGCCAGUUGUGGAGAUGUGGAAAUCAGAGAUCAUAUUCAAUGUCUGGUCCACAGCCAUAAACAAAAAUGCCCAGCCAUGUACAUAGUUAGUCGAGCAUAAAAAGCCAAGACAGCCCGUUGCUGGGUAUUUAUGGAACUCCUGGCAUUCGUACUAGAUCAAAAGCAAUUUGUACAAGUUAAUUGCCCCAAAAACAAAAACAAAAAAACAAAAAAAAAACAGAACCAACCGUGGAAUAUGCUGGCGCAAUUGAAACAAUCAGGCCGAUCACCGAAGCCACUUUUCAUUGUAAACAAACAAACAGCGGCCAUUUCGAAAGGAUCAUAAAAUAGCUGAAAACGAUGACAUGGGCUGCGUGGAGAUCCUGGCCACAGUGGUGUCCGUGCUGAUCAUGGUGCUGACCUUCCCCAUCUCGGUGUUCAUCUGCUUCAAGGUGGUCUCCGAGUACGAGCGAGCGGUGAUCUUUCGGAUGGGGCGUCUGCGCAGCGGCGGAGCCCGUGGUCCCGGGGUCUUCUUUGUGCUGCCCUGCGUGGACGACUACUAUCCGGUGGAUCUGCGCACCGUCUCCUUUGACGUGCCGCCGCAGGAGGUGCUCUCCAAGGACUCGGUCACUGUGACGGUGGACGCGGUGGUCUACUACCGCAUCAGCGAUCCCCUGAAGGCGGUCAUCCAGGUGUACAAUUACAGCCAUUCGACGAGUCUCCUGGCGGCCACCACGCUGCGCAAUGUGCUCGGCACCAGGAAUCUCUCCGAGCUGCUGACCGAACGUGAGACCAUCUCGCACACCAUGCAGAUGUCCCUGGACGAGGCCACCGAUCCCUGGGGCGUUAAGGUGGAGCGCGUGGAGAUCAAGGACGUAUCCUUGCCAACUGCCCUCCAGCGGGCGAUGGCCGCCGAGGCGGAGGCAGCGAGGGAGGCGCGGGCCAAGGUCAUUGCCGCCGAGGGCGAGAUGAAAUCGUCGAGGGCUCUCCGCGAGGCCUCCGAGAUCAUCUCGGCCAGUCCAUCCGCCCUGCAGUUGCGAUACCUGCAAACACUGAGCAGCAUUUCAACCGAGAAGAACUCGACCAUCAUCUUCCCGCUGCCCAUGGAGCUGCUCACGCCCUUCCUGAACACCCACGCACACUCGCAGCAGCUGCAACUGCAACACCAGCAGCAGCUGCAACAGCAACAGCAGCAGCAUCAGCACCAACAACAUCCUGCAGCCCCUGGCACGCCACUCCAUCGGCACCAGCACCAACACCACCAGUGACACUCGAUGUCGGUGCUGCAACCAUAUCUGGAGGCACUGCAUCGCUGCGAGCUGCAGCGGCAGCAGAAGCAACAGCGGAGCGGAGCGGCUGCAGCGGGAGCGGCGGAUGACGAUGACGACAUCGUGGGUUUCUUGCUCUAGUGGAACGGCGGCAGCAGCGACAGAAAGCGGAACUGGCCGGAAAACCCCGGAAAAUGAGUCACCAAAGAACUCGAAUGGCAUUGGGCUGCUUUAAAGCCAUCGAACCAAUGAAAGUGCCAUGGCAUUCUCAAGAUUCUGAAGAGAUUCUAACUUGGUUCGGACUUUAAAAAUGAUUUUUUUUUGUAGAAUUUAUUCUAAUUUGUCGAAUGUGGUAUGCAAUAUUAUCUGAGGCUUUUCCAAGCAUCAUGCCUCGAAACAAUUUCUUUAUUUUUCUUGUCGUUCUUUCUUCAUUCACAGUCGUUUUAAGUAGAGACGUUAUAUUUAAAAUAACCCAUCAUUUUGUGUUGUAUCUUAAGAAUUGAUAAUAAUAGUUAUCUACACACCUGGGUACAAGCUAACCAUUUAAAUAAACCGAAUGAUUGAAACACACAUUUUUUUCACUUCUGACCCUUUUUCGAAACACCAAAAUUUACAUUUAUACACAUACUUGUUCUUCGCUUAUCUAAACAACUCAGAUUUGCAUGCCACUUCAGCGAGUGUGGCAGAUAAGCUCUUCGGCGCUAAUGUGACCCAGACCAGAGUUGAGUCACCAACGGGUGGCUCCAAGCCAUGGCUGGAGUAGCGUACCCCCGUGACCCCAAAGCGGAGCUGCGCCUCUGUGCUCUCCAGCUGAGAUAACCGAUUGAUUAAACGCUGCUAAACGCUCUUGGGCCCGAUGUGGAAUAAUCUGGAAGUACGCCUCCAGUUGGCAAUUCUUUCGGCGCAGUGCAGUGCAGUGAGUCAUCCGGGGUGACCCAUGGCUCUCGACUUACAGAGCGGCUCUUGGUGCUUCCCCGGGCGUAGAUACACUGAACGAAAACUUGUUUGUUGUAGAGGAGUACAACUGGAGAUCGCCUCUUUCAGGCGGCGGAGGUGGUUUGUGGUUUGCAGCGCUUCUUUUCUCUCACUGUGCCCUCGCAUUUGAGACGCUCGGCAGCUCAGCGGAGCGAUAAUGCCAAUGCGACACUUCGUAUCUGGGAGAACAGUGCGCUCUUAUCGCGUGAGAACGCUUUUGGGCAUUCAGUUUGGCAUUAGCGACGCUGGCCGCUGGCGACAGUUUCGCGUCCAUAGCUGACCGGAGAGCAACGAACGGAGGCCAGCCAGCACAGAACCAGCAAUGGAGCCGCACCAGGAUUCGCCCGUGUACGCCAACUACGAGGAUAUGCGCAACUCCGGCCCGACCAGCUCCACGGCCUACAUGGUCAACAUGGGCUCUGCCGGCUUGGCGCCCGAGCCGGCUCUUCGAGUGCCCGGCACCACUCAGCAGUACCGUGGAUUCAAAACUUGUAAGCGGGCGGAAUCGGCGUAACCAUAGAUACAUACUAUAGAUGCAGCAAGAUGAUGACCCAUCCUUUCUGAAAAUGCAAAUAUUAGGAGAAUUAUUAUUAUUAAAGAAUUACGUUGUCGCAACGAUUUAAACUUUA